AUGCCACGCGCGAAAAGGAAUUUAGGCGAACGCCCAAUUUCGAGCGAUGUCAUUUUACCGAUGCAAGACCCUUACAUGACCCAGAUUACUGAUGGGAGGAAGAACCAUGAGUUCCGGAAAUAUCGCCUCAAACCAUGCGUGAAAAGAAUCUGGUUCUAUCGAACAGCUCCGCACUCUAGCAUCACCCAUGUCUGCGAGACUCUGCCCGCGCGGACACGAAAUCCCGGAGAUCUUCCGCUCGACGAGGAUGGCCUGGGCAAUGUCGAAUUUAACAAUAGGCAUAAGGACUGGAAUGGCUACGAUUUCGCCUACAAGAUCGUCACUGUCUACGAGCUCAGGCGGCCGAUAUCUCUCAAGGAGAUAAAGGACAAGCAUGGUUUCAAGUCGGCACCAAGGGGACUGGUCUACCUACCCGAUUCGAUCAGCAACAGUGUUAACUGGAAGCAACAGAAGCUCACUGCGCGUGGAGGGAAGGAUGGCUGGGUCUCGCAUGACGAGUAUGAUGAAUGCCUGAGAAGGCGGGAAAUACCUAGUCUCAUAUGCAUGCCCCCUGGCCCGUGCCUCAUGCUGCCGUCUCGCCCACUCGUACCCGGCCCUCAACUCGUCUGUCAGCGGCACGAUGCAACUCGGCCGGUCGAACAUGGCAGGGGGUUCGAUGCGCGAGAACUCGUCACGGAAGAUGUGGCGGGCCCGGAGGUCGUUGCGGUGGACGGAUUCUAUUGCCUUCGCUUAAAAGCACCCCAUCCGACUCGUCAUGCUCAUGCUCGAACAAGACUACUCCGCCAAAAAUCUGCGUCUCGGCCCGGUAACCAACCGUAUCGGCGAGGCCCUAUGGAUAGCGCGUGGCGCCGCGAUAUAGCCGAUGGUACAAAUCAACAGUGGAGUGGGGGUGUUGGCUGA